CCCUCUGUCUACAGUACUACCGAGUACUACCCAGUGGUUUCUUCCGCCGCCAUCCUCCAUCCAAGCGCUAGAAAGCAACACAAACCUUCAUCUUAAACAUGAGCUACACCGUGGAAGAGAGGGGGAACCCAAACUCCCUGAGCUACCGCCUGUUCUUCAAAAAUGCUGAAGGAAAGUACAUCUCACCAUUCCAUGAUAUACCAAUCUAUGCUGACGAGAGCAAGAACAUCUUUCACGUGGUUGUUGAAGUGCCAAGAUGGACAAAUGCAAAGAUGGAGAUUGCUACAAAAGACCUCUUGAACCCAAUAAAGCAAGAUGUGAAGAAAGAGAAACUGCGAUAUGUUGCCAACGUGUUCCCACAUAAAGGCUACAUAUGGAACUAUGGAGCCAUUCCUCAGACAUGGGAAGAUCCUGCACACAAAGACGGAGACACUGGCUGCUGUGGCGACAACGACCCCAUCGACGUCUGUGAAAUCGGCAGUAAGGUGUGUUCCCGCGGCGAGGUAAUCAAAGUGAAAGUGCUCGGGGUCCUGGCCAUGAUCGAUGAGGGUGAGACUGAUUGGAAAGUGAUUGCAAUCAACGUAGAGGACCCUGAAGCCAAAGACUUUAACAACAUCAAUGAUGUUCGGCGUCUGAAACCUGGUUAUCUGGAGAGCACGGUGGACUGGUUCAAGAGGUACAAGGUGCCAGAUGGGAAACCAGAAAACCGGUUUGCUUUCAACGAGGAGUUCAAAGACAAGGACUUUGCCAUUGAAGUAAUCAAGAGCACCAACAACUUCUGGAAAGCCCUCAUUUCCCAGGAGGCCAGUGCUGGUAAACUGAUCUGCAAAAACACGUGUGUCUCGGAGAGCGACAGCCCGUACUGCUGCUCUGUGGAUGAGGCUAAAGCCGCUGUCAAUGAAACAUGUCCUUGUGGAAAAGCAGAACCUAUCCCCUCAUCAGUUGAUCAAUGGUUCUACUACGAGAGGAAAUAAAUGCGGAGCUGUUUGGAUCGGAGCAGAGUGAAAGGAUCAUCAAUUAAAGGAAUACUUAGAAUAGAUCGUCUUACUCUAGGAACCAAUAGGGUGAAGGGAUGUGAUAUGGAUGGUGAGGCUUGGGUCAGCUGUUUCCCUGUAGACAAAGAGAAAGUGGUUAGAUACUGUAGCGAAAGAAAAAAAAAAGUACAAUUUUUCAUGUAUUGACCAAUGAAAUUCACUUAUUUAACAAGGAUCUUGGAGAUUUGCAUUCAUGAAUGACAUACAUGUACAAAUAGGAAUGCCUUAUAUAAGAUGCUGAACUCCUUUAAAAGAUCUUCUUGAGUUAAAUUAUUGUCAAUGUGUAAAAUGCCCCCGCUUUUCCAGCACUGUAAAAUAAAACAAUUGCAUAAAACUG